AUGUAUACUGGUGAUAUUCUCAACACCCCUCCUGACUGUGCCAUUGCUCAUUGCGUAGGUGCAGAUCUUUUAAUGUCUGAUGGAAUCGCCAGAGUCAUCAAAGAAAAAUUCAAUCUUCAGGCCAACAUCGAAGAAUGGUUACAAAGUGACAUAAAGACAGGUGACAUUUUGAUAGCCAAAGUGUACGAUAGACUCAUCCUAAACCUGGUCACCAAACCAAAAUCCAAGGAAAAACCAUCCUGGAAAAAUAUGAAAACCACUCUGAAAAAUCUGCUGUCAACCUGCGAAGAGCAUGAGAUCACUCGCCUCUUCAUGCCAAAGAUUGGUAGUGGUCUGGACGAGAUCCCCUGGUGCAAAACCAUGAAAAUGCUGAAAAGCAACUUUGCCAACUCCUCAGUAAAGAUUACCGUCCUCACUCUACCUGAAGAUGAGCAUAUCUCCUACUCAGCAGCA